AUGGGGACACUGGUUCUGCAGUGCCUCCUUUUCCUUUUCCCGGUGCUGCUGCAGCCGCGCGGAGCCUCAGCAGGGAGCCUUCAUAGUCCAGGCCUGUCCGAAUGCUUCCAGGUGAACGGCGCUGAUUACCGGGGCCACCAGAACUACACGGGCCCGCGCGGAGCCGGACGCCCUUGUCUUUUCUGGGACCAGACGCAGCAGCACAGUUACAGCAGCGCCAGCGAUCCUCAGGGCCGCUGGGGGCUGGGCGCGCACAACUUCUGUAGGAACCCAGACGGUGAUGUGCAGCCGUGGUGCUACGUGCCAGAGACGGAGGAGGGCAUCUACUGGCGCUAUUGUGAUAUCCCCACCUGUCACAUGCCUGGGUACCUAGGCUGCUUCGUGGACUCUGGGGCACCCCCCGCUCUCAGUGGUCCCAGUGGCACCUCCACAAAGCUCACGGUCCAGGUGUGCCUUCGAUUCUGCCGCAUGAAGGGCUACCAGCUGGCUGGCGUGGAGGCUGGUUAUGCCUGCUUCUGUGGCUCUGAAAGCGACCUGGCUCGGGGACGGCCAGCCCCUGCCACCGACUGUGACCAGAUCUGUUUCGGCCACCCAGGCCAGCUGUGUGGAGGCGAUGGGAGACUGGGCAUCUAUGAAGUGUCCGUGGGCUCAUGCCAGGGAAACUGGACGGCGCCUCAGGGUGUCAUCUAUUCCCCGGACUUUCCGGAUGAGUAUGGGCCAGAUCGGAACUGCAGCUGGGUACUGGGCCAAAUGGGCGCUGCGCUAGAGCUCACCUUCCGCCUCUUCGAGUUGGCCGAUUCGCGAGACCGGCUGGAGCUACGCGAUGCCUCGUCGGGCAACCUGCUCCGCGCCUUCGAUGGCGUCCACCCUCCGCCGCCUGGUCCUCUGCGCCUGCGCACUGCUGCACUACUACUCACCUUCCGCAGCGACGCACGAGGCCAUGCUCAAGGAUUCGCUCUCACCUACCGUGGGCUGCAGGACACAGUGGAGGACAGCGCAUCUCUUAAGGUUUCGGCCGAGACUCCUGCAGGGGACCCGGAUGGUGCCAACGUGAGCUGCAGCCCUAAGCCCGGAGAUGCACAGGCUUCCGUAGGGGCCCGAGUCUUCUCCACCGUGACGGCCAUCUCCGUGUUGCUCCUGUUGCUCCUGUCGCUGCUGCGUUUGCUGCGUCGACGGAGCUGUCUGCUGGCUCCAGGAAAAGGGUCUCUGGCCUUGGGACCUUCCCGGGGCCCCGGGAGAAGCUGGGCUGUGUGGUACCGCCGGCCCCGAGGGGUGGCCCUGCCCUGUCCCCCAGGAGACUCUCAGGCUGAGGGUCCUGCUGCGGCCUACCGGCCCCUCAGUGCCUCCAGCCAGAGCUCCUUGCGCUCCCUCGUCUCUGCUCUCUGACACCAGACGUCCGGGGUCCAUCACAACUUCUGCCAACGAGAUGGACACCUGAGAUACUAUGCAGCACCCUACCUCUUCCUUGUGCCCUUUAAAGGCCGCUCGGUCUCUGGUCAUCUCGGGGAGACCCGGAAAUCGGACAGGAAGCAUCCAGUGCUAUUUGAGAACUUGGUCUGACCCUUGGGGUCCAGAUGGUUGAAGCGAGCCAAAGGGCAAAAGGAACCCGACACCCUAAUCCUUGGACGUUGAUGUGAAAGGUGGUGUCGGGCUUCAGGGUUCUUUGCGCCUCUUUUGGGGACGGUCCCGGACUGCUGCCCUCGAUGAAAGGUUAGGGGUCAACAAAAGUGAU